GUCACUUCCGCUGCCGCCCGCCCGCUGUUAUCUGGCUGAGGAGGAGCCAGACCCGGAGCAGCGGCUUUGGCUUUGGCAGUCUUGGCGGUCGGAGGUCCCAGAGCACGAGGGCUCGCGGGUGUCCGGACUGUUUCAGGCCAUCUACGAGCCAGCAGGAAAGGAUUUCCAGCCAGAGAAAGACGACACCUGAAGUCCCAAUGCACAGAUCAGCCCCCAGUCAAACCACCAAGAGGAGCCGAUCACCAUUUUCCACCAAUCGUCAUCGUUGGGAUGACAGUGAGAAUUCAGGAAGCAGCCUGACUGUUGAUAAUGAGGACUACUCCAGGUACCCGCCCAGAGAGUACAGGGGUCUGGGUAGUAGAAGAGGAAUGGCUUAUGGACAUAUUGACUCUUUCGGGGCAGAUGAUAGCGAGGAGGAGGGGGCUGGGCCUGUGGAGCGAGUGCCAGUGAGAGGGAAAGCUGGCAAGUUUAAAGGUGAUAAGCUGUAUGACCCAGAGAAAGGGGCAAGGUCUUUGGUUGGUGUGCCCCCCCAGUUCUCUAGUUUUAACAGUGAUGUGAGAAAGGAGCUUGAUCCAGCCCCUACAGUGAUACGCUCUACUGGCAGAGCUGAGUUCCUGCAGCAAAAGAGCAUGGCUCCUCAGACCUCUGCUGCUGACACGAAGGUGGCUACAAAAGGCGACAGCCUGGAGAGGGACAGACAGGAGCAGAAUGUACCUGUGCGUCCCAGCAGGGGUCCUGUGAUUGUUCGUGCUGGUGGGGAAAACACCCCUAAGGUUGCAGAGGAGCCAGUGGUGAGGCCCAAAAUCAGAAAUCUGGCCAGUCCAAACUGCAUGAAACCAAAAAUAUUUUUUGAUACUGAUGAUGAUGAAGAUAUGCCACACAGUACUUCCAGGUGGAGGGACACUGCUAGCACUGGUGAGUGCCACUUGGGCAGCCGGGCAAGGAGAGGCAGAGGCGAGAGUUCAAGUGGCUACUCUGAGCCAAAGUAUCUUGAGGAUGAGAGGGAAGCCAGGAACGACCAAGUGAAGCCAGAAAAGGUGCCAAGACGGCGAUGUACCAUGGCCGACCAUGACUUCUGGACAUUCAAUGAUGAUUACCACAAAUACUGCGAUGAAGACUCUGACAGUGACAAAGAGUGGACUGCUGCUUUGCGUCAGAAGCACGGAGAUUGGGAGAAAAACCCGUCGUCCAAUGGCGAAAGCUGGGAGACUCUACCAGGGAAAGAAGAGCACCAACCUGAGCCAGCCAGAGUGAAUGCCGGAGUGAUUGUCAACGCCGGCGCUAGCCCCAGUGCUAGUGCCAUCACUGGCAGCAAUGGCAGCAAUGAACUUGAAGAAGUUCAAAGACCAGCUCUUCAGGAAGUGGAGCGGGCAUUGCCGGAAGAAGGAGAAGUUCCUUGGCUCCAAUACAAUGAAAAUGAGAGCAGCAGUGAAGAGGAUAAUGAUUCCGGUCAGGAGUUUCUGCAUCCUGGGGUCUUCAUGCUGGAUGGCAACAACAACCUCGAAGAUGACUCCAGCGUGAGUGAAGACCUAGAAGUGGAUUGGAGCCUCUUUGAUGGGUUUGCAGAUGGGUUGGGGGUGGCCGAAGCCAUUUCCUAUGUGGAUCCUCAGUUCCUCACGUACAUGGCACUUGAAGAACGCCUGGCACAGGCAAUGGAAACGGCCCUCGCACACUUGGAGUCUCUUGCAGUGGACGUGGAGGUGGCCAAUCCACCAGCAAGCAAGGAGAGCAUCGACAGUCUACCUGAGAUCCUGGUCACUGAAGACCAUAGUGCAGUGGGGCAAGAAAUGUGUUGCCCCAUAUGUUGCAGUGAAUAUGUGAAGGGGGAGGUGGCAACCGAGCUGCCAUGCCACCACUAUUUCCACAAGCCAUGCGUGUCCAUCUGGCUUCAGAAGUCCGGCACUUGCCCUGUGUGCCGCUGCAUGUUCCCUCCCCAACUUUAAGACCAAGGCUCUUUCCUCUUGGUCUACUAUUUUCCCUGUCUGAAACCCACAAUACUGCAGGAUUCCUCUCAGAAUUAACAAUUGAAAUGAAACCAAUCAGUCCAUUAAUCUAGUAUAUCAGUUGAUUUCUUGUGAUCAUAUCCAAUGUGAAACGGUUGUGUACAAUUGCAUUAAAAACCAUACUGUGUUUUAGAGGUGACAAAGGGAAAACUAAACUUUCUAAAUGCUACUUGAGAUUGCAAUAAGAACAUACAUUUUCUAACCUGAACAUUGAAAUCUGUUGCAUUUGUUUUUUCAGUAGAUAUGUUGCUGUUAAUUAUAAUAUCAUCAAGUUUAUCUGUUAAAUAUGUCCAAAAGGCAUCCCCAUUUCUGUUGCAUGUUAUGGGUUAAUGUUCCUGUAAUUACAGUGCCAGAAAGCUUAUUAAAGUUCUUUUGGUUUUACAUGCUA